CCCCGGGAGCGGCGGAGCCUCGGCCGGGCCCCGCGGGGUCUAUGGGGAAGGCGGCCGCGCUCUGCGGCGGCGGCACCCGCGGGCUGGUCUCGCUCCUCAGCGCCGUCCCCUGCCUGGCCUGCCACGAGCUGCCGGCCAUGAGCGGCGAGCCGGGCGGCCGCGGCGGCGGGGGCCCGGCGGGGGGGCCGCCCGCCGCUCCCCCGGGCUCCGACACCUACAAGGGGUGGCUCUUCAAGUGGACCAACUACCUGAAGGGCUACCAGCGCCGCUGGUUCGUGCUCAGCAAUGGGCUGCUCAGCUACUACAGGUCUUCUGCAACUGUCAGGAGCGGUGGCUCUUCUUGGAAGCGUGUGAAAAAUACACCGGUCCUGGUUCGGAAGAUGGGGACACAGGCGGAGAUGGCCCACACGUGCCGGGGCACCAUCAACCUGUCCACGGCCCACAUCGACACCGAGGACUCGUGCAACAUCGUGCUGUCCAACGGGGGCAGGACCUACCACCUGAAGGCCAACUCGGAGGUGGAGAGGCAGCGCUGGGUCACGGCCCUGGAGCUGGCCAAGGCCAAGGCCAUCCGCAUGCGGAACAACCAGUCAGAUGACUCAGGUGACGAGGAGCCCGCCUCGCAGUCAGACAAGAGUGAGCUGCACGGCCCCCUGAAGACCCUGUCGAGUAAGCUGGAGGACCUGAGCACCUGCAAUGAGCUGAUCGCCAAGCACGGCGCCGCCCUGCAGCGCUCGCUCAGCGAGCUGGAGAACCUGCGCCUGCCGGCCGACAGCGGAGAGAAGAUCAAGGCGGUGAACGAGCGCGCCACGCUCUUCCGCAUCACCUCCAAUGCUAUGAUCAACGCCUGCCGCGAUUUCCUGGACUUAGCCGAGAGCCACAGCCGGAAAUGGCAGCGGCUGCUGCAGCAUGAGCGGGAGCAGCGGAUCCGGCUGGAGGAGACCAUCGAGCAGUUAGCCAAGCAGCACAACAGCUUGGAGCGCGCCUGCCGCGGGGCGCCCGGCCUGGCCUCGGGCACCGCCAGCAUCUCCAGCACCGCCAAGGCAGGGAGUGUGCAGUCUGCCAAAGGAGAGGCCAGUGAUGAAGAUGAGGAGACGGAGUACUUCGAUGCCAUGGAGGAUGCACCAGCUUUUAUCACUGUAACCGCGGACCCCAAGCACCACAGGCGCUCGGGCAGCAACCUGAGCGGGGCCAGCGAGGGCCACCCCGAGGACUGGAACCUGGAGGACAGCGUCUUUGAGAGCUCAAAUCAAAGCAGCUACAAUGAGUCCACGGGCAAAGAUCUCCUGCCGAGGAAAAGGAGACGGAGUCGCAUUCCCGACAAACCCAACUACAGCCUUAACCUCUGGAGCAUCAUGAAGAACUGCAUUGGCAAAGAGCUCUCCAAGAUCCCCAUGCCCGUGAACUUCAACGAGCCCCUGUCCAUGCUGCAGCGGCUCACGGAGGACCUGGAGUACCACGAGCUGCUGGACAAGGCGGUGAAGUGCGAGAGCUCCACGGAGCAGAUGUGCUUUGUGGCCGCCUUCUCCGUGUCCUCCUACUCCACCACUGUCCACCGCACUGCAAAGCCAUUCAACCCCCUCCUGGGGGAGACCUUCGAGCUGGAUCGCCUGGAGGAGCUGGGAUUCCGAUCUCUCUGUGAGCAGGUGAGCCACCACCCCCCGGCAGCUGCCCACCACGUGUACUCCAGGCGAGGGUGGACGUUGUGGCAGGACAUCACCAUCUCCAGCAAGUUCAGGGGCAAAUACCUCUCCAUCAUGCCACUGGGCGCCAUCCACCUGGAGUUCCACUCCAGUGGGAAUCACUAUGUGUGGAGGAAAGUCACCUCCACUGUGCACAACAUCAUCGUGGGCAAGCUCUGGAUCGACCAGUCUGGUGAAAUAGAGAUUGUUAACCAUAAGUCCAAAGAUAAAUGCCAGCUGAAAUUUACCCCCUACAGCUACUUCUCCAGGGAUGUCCCCCGCAAGGUGACGGGGGUGGUGAGCGACGCCGAUGGCAAAGCCCACUACGUCAUGUCUGGCACGUGGGAUGAGAAGAUGGAGUGCUCCAAGAUCGUCCACAGCAGCCACGGCAGCACCAGCACCGAGGGCAAGCAGAAAACUGUCUACCAGACACUGUCCCCAAAGGUCCUGUGGAGGAAGUACCCGCUGCCGGAAAACGCCGAGAACAUGUAUUUCUUCUCGGAGCUGGCGCUGACGCUGAACGAGCCCGAGGAGCGCGUGGCGCCCACGGACAGCCGGCUGCGCCCCGACCAGCGGCUCAUGGAGAGCGGCCGCUGGGACGAGGCCAACGUGGAGAAGCAGAGGCUGGAGGAGAAGCAGAGAGCCGUGCGCCGGCGCAGGGAGGCUGAGGCCGUGGAGGCCCUGGAGGAAGGGAAGGACUACGAGGGGUACAUCCCGCUGUGGUUCGAGCGCAAGGUGGACGCUGUCACCGGGGAGCUGAUCUGUGUCUACAAGGGCGGCUACUGGGAGGCCAAGGACAGGCAGGACUGGAGCGUGUGCCCCGACAUCUUCUGAGCCCCCCAGUGCUCUGGGGCCACCCCUGGGACACCGGCACAGCCCGAGGGACAGCGAGGACACGCCAGCAGCGUCCCGCCGGGCCGACACAGAGUCAAUACAUGCAGAGAUCCAAACAGGGAUUCCAAACCUAUUUUUUUAUGCACUAAUAAAUAGCAUCUGGUUUUUUUGGGGGGGUUUUUGUUUUUUUUCUUGUUUUGUUUUGGUUUUUGGGUUUUUUGGGGGGUUUUUUUGAUUUUUUUUAAUGAUGGCUUUUCCAGCGACUAAUUAGGAACGAGGACACGUGGAGCUGGGUUGGGUUGAGGAUGUUCAUUGCUGUCAGGAGUUGCUGCCUAUAUCCUCCAGCGCCUUGGCUCCGGCGGCCGAGACGUCAACUUCCAAAGAUGCCCGGGGUGUGGGAAUGCCGUGCUUGUGUGAGCUCUUCUCUUUGCCAUUUUCUUUGGGGUUUGCUUUUUUUUUUUUUUGAGACCCUAUUUCUGUGUGGACUUCAUGGAAUUAUUUUUUUAAAAAACACAAAUCCUGCUCCUGGUUCAGGCUUCCUUCAAAGACAGACACGAACAACUCUGCUUGGAAAACUGUCCCCAGGGGCUGCGGCGCUUGAUCCCGGAGGCUCUUGGUGGUUCCACAGUGCCCACUCAUCCCAGUAACACCAAGUAGGAUAUUUCAGCUGGUGACUUUGGGGUUUUUGACCCUGUUUUCGUUUUUUUCAAGAGCGUUGGAGCCGCUUCCCCGCAGUUGGAUGUGUUCAGGCAAAGGUUGGGCUUGUCUUUAUCAUGUGGGAGUGGUUUGAGUGAGGUUUUGCUUUGGUUUUCCUGCAACCACAUCCAAAGGGGGAGAUGGCCUCAGCGAGGCUGGGAAUGCUGGGCAGAGGCAGGGAGGAGUUUGUAUCCCAGUGGCUCUCCCGACUCCACGUCCCUGCUCCAUCUCCCUGCACACGAGGGCUGGAUCUCGAUGCCGGCUUUUCCAUGGGUGUCUCCCUGCUGAGCUGUGCCUGAUGCCGGCUGGGAGAGGAGGGAAUUGAUGCCAUGGGGAGAGGAGGGGAGAGAUGCCGUGGUGCCGCUGGGAUGGAGCCUUGGUCCUGCAUCUCCCUGCCCAGUGUCUUCCCCCUUCAGCCAGACAGGCCUGGCACAGUCCCUGGCAUGGGGAGUCUGGAGGGUCCCUGCACCCCAGUGCCCAUUCCCAGCUCCCAUCCCUCUCCUGGCUCCCAUCCCUCUCCUGGCUCCCAUUCCUCUCCUCCCUCAUCCUGGGCUCUCCCUGGAGCAGCUCCAGUUUGUCAGGGCAGGGAACCUCCCGUCCCCCUCUCCCCUCCUGGGUGCCAUCACCCUGCCUGGCCCGGGAUGCACCAGCAGAAGUGGAGCGAGCACUGUCGGUGAUGGGCAAGGACCGGAGCACCGAGGGGAAGCAGGAGGUGGCAGCAUCCCAAAGAUGGGAUCUGCUGGGCCAGGGAGUAGCAGGGACACCUGGAGACCUGCACUGGCCCUGCUGCAUCCCAUUUUUGCUGUCUCCUUCUCCGGCUCUCCAUCAAACCACACUGACCCUGCCUCUGGGGCUGUCACACCCACGUGGAAGUUAAUUAGCAAUAACGAACCUUGAGGCAACGGUAACUGGAAUAUCCAGGCUGCACACGGGACACUUACGCAAUCAGGUUCCUCAUCCAUCAGUUUCCUCCUGAUCAGCUUCCAGCACUUCCAUCCCUGUGACCCCACAGUGUACAGUCCCCACGGCGUCACCGUGGUGCGGGGCAGCCCCUGCUGCUCUCAGUGCACCCUUUAAUCUUAUUUAUUUGCUUCUAAUUUAUACAUAUAUAUAUAUAAAUAUAUAUAAAAUUAUUUUGCUUAAAUUUCUAUGGUACACAAUAGAUGAAAAAUGAUGAAGACAGAAGGGUCUGUCUGAGUUUUUGCAGCACGAGUACGAUUCCCCUUGGCUCGUCCCCGAGCUCAGGUGAUGGUGACGGAAUGAUUCCCAUUGCAGGGAAGCAACGUUUUGCUCCAAAGCUUGUUCCUGUGGCAUGGAAAAGGUGUUCCAGAGACAUUCCCAUCUGGAAAUGAUGUGUUUGGGGUUUGAGGAGCGGCACUAGGGAUUCCUGGGAGUGGGAUGCUCCAAGCUGCUUCCCAGUGUGCCGAGUGUUGCAGCAGCUGCUCCAGAGUGUUCACUCCUUCCUGGAGCUUUGCCCUGGCUCGGGAAAGCUGAUCUUAAAUGAUCCAGCCUGGGAUUCAGCCUGUGGAGAGCUGCCCGUGUCCCGCCCCAGGUGUCCUGCCAGGGAGAGGGAGGAUGCUCCACCCUGAUCCCUGAUGCCGCUGCCUGGGGUUGUGGCAGCACCGAAGUGUCCCGGGGAUUUUCCCCACGCGAGGCCCGAUGGGGUCUGUAAAAUGGGCUGAAAUGGAGCUCUUCAGGAUGCCUUACUUUCCUUUCUGCUGUGUUAAUGCAAGUGUCACCCGGGAGCUGGAGCGGGGAGAAGCUCUGGCACAGGCUGUUCCCAAGCUGGGUGGGGGUGUUCCCGGGCGGAGGAGAGCAGGGAGCGGGAUGUUGCUCCCAAAGUGCUGGCACCGAGGGUCCUGCUGGGCUCUGGGGCCCCGAGGGGUCCCCUCUGCUGUGCCCCCAUUGCCACAUCCGUCUGGGAAUCGCCAUCACAGACCCUGCACAGCUCCACGGAGCGCGGGGGAGCACGAGGAGCACCCCCAACCCAGAAAUCCCCCGGAUUUUAGGCUAAUGGAAAAAAAUCGCUCCAUCUUCCAGAGAUCAUCUUCUCAGCAGCACUUAACCAGAGCACCAUCUCCUGGUCCUUCUGUUCCUCCUCGAGGAUUUUAAUGUCAUUCCACUGUAAAUGCUGUUGAAUGUAUUUUCUUUUUGAACAAUAAUAUAUUGUGAGUGAUCCCUCUUCUCCUACACGGAAAUAAAACUUGGAUUCGGGAGUUUUAAAA